CUGCUACGAAUAUAGUCCGAGAUCUUACGGAAACAGCCGAUAACUUACGGAAAUCUGACAUAAUGCGGAAGUAAGGUUUGCAGCGCCACCAAAACAUUGGAUAGUAAUGAGAAGCGAGAAGAUGGAUCGUUAACCGUGUUUUGCGUCUCGGAUUCAUUGAGACAAUGUUAACUUGAAUGUGUAUAAUGGAGGAUGCUGUUAGCCGCAGUUCUGUUGAAUCUUCUUCGACCAAUGACGAUUAUGUUGUAGUUAAUGGAGAACCAAAGCUGAAAAUUACAGGUGAUAUCAAUGAUCUGAAUGAUGAGGUGUCCCAGUCCUCUAAGAAGAUGACCUCCACUCUGACCCCUUCCAGCUCCCUGGGGGCUGAUCCCCAGUCCCCCAUCAGCUCUGUGGACAAUGUGUUUCCCAGCAGUCAGUCCACUGGCGCCAUCGGUGAGGAUCCUGUCUCAGGGGAUAGUAAAGGGAGAUCAAUGUCCUUGCCAGGGGUUACAGAUGAAGGUUAUACCACUUUCAAUGGAGUUACUUACCUUGGCUGUGCCUUGGUGAAUGCCCCCCGCAGUGAGGUCGAGAUCUAUCGCAACAUGUCCAUACUCAAUGAGCAGUCCAAACAGGCCAUUCCUAUAGAGCUCUAUGUUCCUCGGACAUCAGAGGGAAAUGUCAGAACAAAUGGAGUUGUUAGGCUGGUAGAUCCUGGGACAGACACGGACAUCGCAUGCUACAAAAUCCACCGCAUUCUGUUUUGUGCCAGGGGUCCCUCCGACAGUGAGGAAAAAAUGUGCUUUGCAUUUACUUGUAGCCAUGGUGACAAUCCAGAUUCUGCAAUAUUCCAAUGUCAUGUUUUCAGAUGUGAACUUCAGGAGGCGGUUGCAAAAAUUUUGUACUCAUUUGCCACCAGUUUCCGGCGUCUACCUAAGUCAAUAGGUCGGUCCACAUCAAGCAUCAGUGAGGCUGAAGUUACUGCCAUAUUCAGCGUAAACCUAGAGUUCAAAGAGGAUGAUGGGAAGGGAAGCUAUAGUACUUGUCCUAAAGACAAAAACAUUUUUAAGUUUCGUUGUGACUAUGACAAGAAAAUUGUGAUAUCUGUGACACAGACUGGAAACAAGGAACUAAGAAUAGAGAGGUGUUUUGGACUACUUUUAUCCCCUGGACGUAAUGUCAAGGAUGGUGACAUGCACCUUAUUGAGAUGAACUCCAUGGGUUACUCCAGUGACGGAAGAACUUACUCAAUCUCUGGAAACUGGGAAAUUUCGGAGGAGUGCUUCAAGGUCCUUGACACGGAAACACCGAAAGAUACCCGUGUGUUCCUCACUGUCGCAGUAGAUUUAGUCAUCUGUGGUAUCCAAGAGCCUGUGAGGUUUGCAAUAGAAACCAAGGCAAAAAUCUUCCCUCACAAUGAACGCUUUUGGUAUUUCACCAAGAAACCCCACCAAGAACAAUUCUUUGUCAAAUUAAAACUGAACUGUGGAAGUAGAAUGCCGAAGACUGAGACUGAUGCCCCUGAUGUUGUGCAAUAUGAAGUAGUGGAGGUCCAGAGUCAGACCCAGAUAGACAGACAGAAGGCGGGGAUGAGUCUCCAGGGCCUCAAACACCACAGACAGAUGUCGGAGGGAGUGCAGUCUCCCCAGGACGAUGAAGAGUCAGAUGGAGAUGAACCUCUGUUAAGUGGGUCAGGUGUGGUCAGCAAGGAGGUGACUGAUGAUAACCUUCUGGAGGCGUGGCACGAGGUCCUCGUCAAGUGGCAUCAGAAUCUGUCACAGAGGCCCAAACAGGUCCAGCAGCUGGCAAAGAAAGGCAUUCCAGAGGCUCUCAGAGGGGAAGUCUGGCAGCUGCUGGCUGGUUGUCAUGACAACUCGGAGUUGAUGGAGGCAUACAGGAUCCUCAUAACAAAAGAAUCUCCGAUGGAGAGUGUAAUCCAGAGGGACAUUAAUCGGACAUUCCCUGCCCAUGCAUUCUUCAAGCAGUCUGGGGGCCUGGGCCAGGACUCGCUGUACAGGAUCAGCAAAGCCUACUCCGUGUAUGAUGAGGAGAUAGGAUAUGUACAAGGGUUGUCUUUCCUGGCUGCAGCUCUCCUGCUUCAUAUGCCUGAAGAGCAAGCAUUUUCAGUCCUUGUAAAGAUAUGUUUUGAUUAUGAGCUGAGAGAUUUGUUCAAGCAAGGAUUUGAAGUUUUACAUCUCAAGUUUUAUCAGCUGGAACGCUUAAUGCAGGACCUGACGGGUGACCUUUAUGAGCACUUUAUGGAGAUGGGGCUGGAGAUCCACAUGUUUGCCUCCCAGUGGUUCCUCACCCUUUUCACGGCAAAAUUCCCACUGUUUCUGGUCUUUCACAUUCUGGAUCUUUUCCUGUGCGAGGGAAAAGAUGUCAUUUUUAAUGUAGCAAUAGCUCUCCUAAAGAUGUCCAGGAAGGAUUUACUGGCAUUAGAUUUUGAGGGCAUUCUGAAGUACUUUAGGGUUCACAUGCCUAAGAAGUACAGAACCGAGGAAGCUGCCCGUGAGCUAAUGGCUGCCGCAGUCAGUGCCAAGGUUACAAGUAAGAAGCUGAAGAAGUAUGAAAAAGAGUACAUUACCAUGAAGGAGCAAGAGAUGCAACAAGAGGACCCGAUUGAGAGGAUGGAGAGAGAAAACAAACGUUUGCUGGAGGAUAACAUGAGACUAGAACAAGAAAAUGAUGACUUGGCACAUGAACUUGUGGACAGUAAACUCACAUUGAAGAGCGAGCUUGAUGAGGUUCAAGAUCAAAACAAAGAAAUGAAAACCGACUUGACAAAGCAUAAAAAACUCCUGAAGGACACACAGGAGGAGAAGCACCGCCUGGAGGUCGAGAAUCAACAGGUCAAGGAGAUGUGUAGGAAAGAGUUGGAAAGGCUGGAGACGGAGAAUUCCAGGAACACUGUGAUUGUGACCGACUACAAACAGAUUUGUACUCAGCUGAGUGAGAGACUGGAGAAACAACAAACCGCCCACCGAGAGGAGCUCUCCAGAAUCAAGAUAUUAGUCAAAUCUUGUGAAGCCUGUUCUAAAAUGUUUGAUGCUGAUGGAAAAGUCAAUUUACCUGAACCAAAAAUAGAUCCCGAGAAAAUGAACCCGAAGAUCGUAGACUUACAACAACAAGUGCGCGAGCUGGAGUUGGAACUGGCCCAGACAAAGCUGGCUCUGGUCGAGUCCGAGUGUAAGACACAGGACCUGACUCAUUCCCUGCAUGCUGCGGUCAGCGAAAUCCAGGCAUCCAAGAACACGUGGUUCACAAAGACACUCAACUCGAUCAAGGAAGUGGCGAACACGCACACGGGUAAAAAAGAACCAAAGGACUGAACCGGACACACCAAUUCCAUAUUUAUAGUGCAAUCCAGCUUGUGAUAUAUAUUGUUUCAUUAUUGAUUAUUGUAUGUUGUUAUAUGUAACCAUUUGCUAUGUAAAGCAAUGUCUUAAUAUCAUCACUUCCAGUUUGGUUAUUUACCUUUAUUUAAGAUAGCGUACAUCAGCAUGAACAGGUUAUCUCACUGAAUUCAAUAUGAAAAAAAAGCAUGCACAUUUUUUUCCUACACAGUUUCAAAUAAAGCACAUCUAGGCUUUGUAAAAAGUUAGCAGAAAGUGGUAAUUGGAA